GUGUGGGAUCAUGUGAUCUCUGCUGGAAGGAAGCACAGAGACGGGGACAGAAUAUGUCGCGGAUUACCUGUCUGGGGAUGGAGGCUUUGCCCUUCGCCGUGUUCGCCCUCCUUUUCCUCUGCACGACUGAUGUCCGUGGGGAUAGUUUGACAGUGCUGCAAGCUCCAGAGUUUGUCUCCUUCCAGAAAGGAAAGUGGCCCAUCUCCGGCGAAAAGAUUCCCGACCUGGUGGCCCUAACCAUGGGCUUCUCUGUUCAAGAGGAUCUUUCUUGGCCCGGCUUGGAGGCUGGUCCCCUAUUCCAGCGUCCCCGCGCGAAUGUUCUGGUAGUGGUCCGAGGAGCCGAUGACCUUGACUUUCCUCAGAGUGUGGCCUCCUAUCCCUUGGAGAAUCCAGUGCCCUUCACUCUGGAUAGUGUCGCAGAGACGGUGCACUCCCUGUUCGCAGAGGACACACCUGUUGUGCUGCAGCUCGCACCAAGUGAAGAGAGGCUGUACAUGCUGGGCAAAGCCAACGCCGUGUUUGAGGAUCUGCCGGUUACCUUGCAGCAGAUCCGAGGCCGCCUGUUCCAAGAUGGCUCCGUGCUGGCCACCCUGCCACUCAAGUCCCUCAGCAGGAAUGCAGAGGCUGAUUUGCUGUUCCUCUCUGAGAUCCAAGUUCUGUAUGAUAUCACAGCUCUACUGCAGAGACACAGGCAUCUGGCCAAGGACCACUCUCCAGACGUUUACUCCCUGGAGCUGUCGGGCCUGGAGGAACUGAGCCGUGUCUACGGACAAGACUCUCCUCAGCAUCGCGAUGCUAUCGCUCUUCUCUCCUCCGUCCUGCAGAAGUUUGGAGAGGACGUGUACAAUCUUUAUGGCAACAGUGCCGUGGUGGAGGUCGUGACAGUGAAAAACUUUGAGGCUCCUCUCACCAGGAAAUCCCGCUCCAUUUUGGAAUCGAAACAGAUCAGCAACCCGGGAAGCCCGUACAACUUGGCUUACAAGUACAACUUCAACUAUGCCGUGGUAUUCAACAUUGUACUGUGGCUGAUGAUUGUGCUGGCGCUUGCAGUAAUUGCCGUCAGUUACAACCUAUGGAACAUGGACCCGGGCUAUGACAGCAUCAUCUACAGGAUGACCAACCAGAAGAUCAGGAUGGAUUGAAAACCUGACCCUCGAUGACUCCACUCAUCCAUCCCCUUGGAUCUCGCUAGUGAUUGUUUUGUGCUUUGUGUUUGUGUAAUUAAACAGUGAGUCAGCAAUUGGUUUACAAUGCUGCUGUGGUAGUUGAAAGCGAAUAUCAACAUUACAACACAUCAUUCCUCAUAGGUAAAGCGUCUCACUGAGUUUUUGUAAUGUGUGGUCAUGUUUUGAAAGAAUGCAUGAAUUUGUUGUGAAAAUGUGUUAAGUUAAAUAUGUGUAUAUAUUGAAAAUACAAAUGCAACUCUAUGACAAAAUGAUGUUUUCAAUGUGAAAAGAUUAUUGUUUGAAAAUGUGUUUUCUGCUUGAAAUAAUACCGUGACUGUUGUAAGCAUUGUGCAAAGAAAGUUAACCGUAAAACACACUUGCAAAAUAAUGAAUAAAUUAUGGAUCAGACAAUG